GUGUGUAUACGGAGCACACGGGGCAGAUAGAGAAGAGAAACGGGUAUGGAUCUGUAGGUCAUAACGCUGUCUGUCUCGUUUCCCGGGACUCUCGUUCUGCAUACCGUGAAGCGAGAGCUCCGGUUUGUGCAUGAUAACUAACAUUUGAAUGAGAGUGUGAACUAACAACGGCGGGAAACAAAGGCACGGACGGUCCUGUGCAAAGGGAGCAAGCUGGCUGCGCGGCGGGGGAUGCACGGGCACAAUAGGGAAGACCACACUCUACUGCUUUAAAGGACAGUGUUGCAAUAACAUUUGCACCCCAGACGGACAAGACUCGCUGCGGGAGGCAGGAAUUAAAGCCGGACUUUACUUUUCAGGGAUAUUUGGCAUGAAGGAAAGCACGGAGUUUACAUUGGAUAUUUGGGCUGCUUCAGGGAGUAUAUCUGAAUUUUUUUGAAAGCGCAAAUAUAGUCAAACAAACGCGGCUGUCACACGAACGCACCGGGACAGCGAAGGAAAAUUAGGCUUUUGCCACAACAGCAAUAUUGUAAACAGGCACUUCUUCAACAAAGAGCUAAGUUAUUAUUAUUAUUAUUAUUAUUAUGUGCUCUGGGAAUAACCAGCUGUGUUGAAAUCAACCUAGAAACACAUUUGAAGUGAAUUCAUUUACUUGAUUGGUUUGCUAAAGAAUGUACUUACUUGAUGGUAAUUAUCCGGAAAGGAUGGAGCGGGGCACGCCACAAAGAAAAACAGUAUACCGGAUAUCUUUGACAUUAGUGAAGAAAGAAAACCUGCUGGACGGCGGAGGCUCGACGCACCGGCGAUUGGAGAACCCGAAAGUGAGCGCUUACCGGCGCGAGGGAGCCUCCGAGGCGCAGCGGAGCUCUCAGCUGGAAGAACUGAAAGAAGUGGAGGACGAGACUGACGAGUUUUCUGCACACUCAUACAUGAGGAACUUCAGGACCUUUAGUACUGGACAUCUAGAAUUGGGAAGGUUGAAACUCUUAAAGAGGGCACAGCAUGCACAUAAAGAAAGGGAAUUAAAUCAAACGUGCAUCCUGCCGGAGAACGGACAGAGCAAGGCCAUUGAAAAUGGGGCACCAGGGGAGAAAAGAGCAGAUGUGGAUGAAAGUGACAGAUUGAAACGGGAUGCUGAGCAUGGAAAAGCUGCUGCUAACGGAGAAAAAACAGGCAUUAGAAAGAAAAUCCUCAAGACCUCCAGGAGCACAGAGGAACCGGUUAGUACGUGGUCAGAUGAGCCCUCUGAGGAAUCCAAGAGUGUCAAGACAGCUAAAGAGAGCUGCAUCUCCUCUUUGCUGGCUAAAGGGAAUGGGAAAUCACCCAAUCCAGCACCUCAAACCCCUCCAGCUAAGAGACAUCCAAGUCUGCUGCGGCGUAGUUUCAGCUUUCGGCACUGGACAGGUGGAGAACUCAUCCGCAUUCGGGCUCUGUCCAAAGAGAAGCACCACAGCAGCUCGGGCUGCAUUGGCCGUGAUGGAGAAGGUAAUCAAACUCAACCUGGUGUGGUUCUGCAAAACAUGGCUUUUGCCGAGACUGACUCCACAGAGAAACGAAACACCUUGGAUGUUGGCGAAGUCCUGAACAAAACAGACUCUGUGACAGAACUGGGCCGCAGGGAGAGGAUGAAGGGUAAGAACCGGACAUUAGACAACAGUGAUCUGCUCAGGCUGUCGGAUAAAUCUUUGGUGGACAAGGAGGGUUUUAUUCGAGGGAUGGGCUCUCGUUCCAGCGGGCAGGAAAGAAAACUUAUCCGGUUCUUCAGCGGAAUCUUCUCAAAGAAAGAUGGGACGUCCACGCCUUUGAGCAGCCCUAGUAACCGAGCUCUCCGGAAGAACGGCCUGCUGGGAGCUCAGCAGAGAGCAGAAAUGGGCUACUCGCAGUCCAGCUCUGAGAGCGUUAACGGAUGCCCACUGGACGAUGCCUUUGUCAACAGUCAGGAGUGGACACUCAGUCGCUCGGUGCCAGAGCUCAAAGUGGGCAUUGUGGGUAACUUGGCCAGUGGGAAGUCUGCGCUGGUGCACAGGUAUCUUACAGGGACAUAUGUACAGGAAGAGAGUCCUGAAGCUGACGUGGACGCAGGAGGCCGUUUUAAAAAGGAGAUUGUAGUGGAUGGACAAAGUUACCUCCUCCUUAUCAGGGAUGAAGGGGGACCUCCGGAGGCUCAGUUUGCGCUGUGGGUGGAUGCGGUCAUUUUUGUGUUCAGUCUGGAAGAUGAGAUCAGCUUUCAGACGGUCUACCACUAUUACAGUCGCAUGGCCAACUACCGCAACACCGCAGAGGUGCCCCUGGUGCUCGUGGGAACUCAGGAUGCAAUCAGUGCAGCUAACCCUCGUGUCAUUGAUGACACGCGUGCUCGAAAACUGUCCAAUGACCUGAAGAGGUGCACAUAUUAUGAGACCUGUGCUACUUACGGCCUCAACGUCGAGCGUGUCUUCCAGGAUGUGGCUCAGAAAGUAGUUGCAAUCCGGAAGAAGCAGCAGCUGUCAAUCGGACCGUGUAAGUCCCUGCCCAAUUCUCCAAGCCACUCCUCUGUCUGCGCAGCACCAGUGUCUGCAGUGCAUAUCAGCCAGAACAGUAAUGGUGGAGGCAGUUUAAGCGAUUACUCGUCUUCUGUGCCCUCCACUCCCAGUACCAGUCAGAAGGAAUUGCGUAUUGAUGUCCCACAAACUGCCAACACACCUACACCCGUCCGCAAACAGUCCAAACGACGCUCCAACCUCUUCACGUCUCGCAAGGGAAGCGAACCAGACAGGGAGAAGAAAGGGAUGGAUGGCCGCGCAGACAGCAUUGGAAGUGGCCGCGCUAUCCCAAUUAAACAGGGCAUGUUGCUGAAAAGAAGUGGCAAGUCACUGAACAAAGAGUGGAAGAAGAAAUACGUCACACUUUGUGACAACGGAGUCCUCACAUAUCAUCCCAGUCUGCAUGAUUAUAUGCAGAACGUUCAUGGGAAGGAGAUCGACCUGCUUCGGACCACAGUGAAGGUUCCAGGGAAGAGGCCUCCCAGGGCCAUCUCAACAUGUGCUGCUCCCAGUCCCAAAACCAAUGGGCUGACCAAGGACAUGAGCAACAUGCAGCUUGGACAGGCACCAGGCUCUGUGACCAGUAGUUCAUCUGCAUCUCAGAUGGCGAGUGGCAUCAGUUUGGUGUCAUUUAACAGUCGGCCAGACGGUAUGCAUCAGCGCUCAUACUCCGUGUCCAGCGCUGACCAAUGGAGUGAAGCCACAGUCAUCGCCAACUCAGGAAUCAGCACAGAUACCGGUUUGGGAGAUUCUGUGUGCUCCAGUCCUAGCAUAUCCAGUACCACCAGUCCGAAGAUGGACCCUCCUCCAUCACCUCAUGCCAAUCGCAAGAAACACAGAAGAAAGAAGAGCACCAGUAACUUUAAGGUGGACGGCUUCUCUGGAACUGCUGAAGAACAAGAGGACAACUUUGAGUUCAUCAUUGUUUCUCUGACGGGACAGACCUGGAAUUUUGAGGCAACGUCCUAUGAGGAGCGGGACGCAUGGGUUCAGGCCAUUGAAAGCCAGAUUUUGGCAAGUCUGCAGUCCUGUGAGAGCAGCAAACAGAAGUCUCGUCUGAGCAGCCAGUCAGAAGCCAUUGCAUUGCAGUCUGUCAGGAACAUGAGAGGAAACACCCGUUGUGUGGACUGUGAAGCCCAGAAUCCGGACUGGGCCAGUCUGAACCUGGGGGCUUUGAUCUGUAUCGAAUGUUCUGGAAUUCAUCGCAAUCUGGGUACUCACCUGUCCCGUGUCCGCUCUCUGGACCUGGACGAGUGGCCUCUGGAGCUCAUCAAGGUCAUGUCUGCCAUUGGCAAUGAGCUGGCUAAUAGCGUGUGGGAGGCCAAUGCUCAAGGACGCCUAAAACCUGCUCCAGAUGCCAGCAGAGAGGAACGUGAGCGCUGGAUCCGGGCCAAAUAUGAGCAGAAGUUGUUUUUGGCAUCGCUGACGUGCACAGAGCUCUCUCUCGGACAGCAGUUACUGCGGGCCACAGCGGAGGAGGACCUGCGUUUGGUGGUCAUUCUGCUGGCCCACGGCUCCAGAGAUGAGGUCAACGAGACCUGUGGGGAAAGUGAUGGCCGGACCGCCCUGCACCUAGCCUGCCGGAAGGGGAAUGUUGUGAUCACACAGCUGCUCGUAUGGUACGGUGUGGACAUCAUGGCACGGGAUGCUCACAGCAAUACGGCAUUGGCGUACGCACGGCAAGCUAACAGUCAGGAGUGUAUGGACGUGCUCCUUCAGUACGGCUGUCCCGACGAGCGUUACCCGCUCAUGGCCACACCCAACCUGUCCCGCAGGAACAAUAACCGCAAUAACAGCUGCAGCAGCAUGAACAGUGCAGUUAUAUGAGGAACAAAACACUCACAUCCACCUCAACAUGUAUUCUGGCCCGCACUCCUCCCUAUACACACCCCUUCAUAUGUACAGCUCCACCACUACAUCACAAUCAUGACACUAUAGCAGACCCCAACACUGAUGAUGAUGAUGAUGAUGAUGAUGAUGAUGAAGCAAAUAUUAAAAUCCUGCUCUUUGCUUUUCUGUCAGCGCCAGUUAAAUCUACCAAGUGCAUGUUGGGAGAAUAGAGUGUGGAUUUGGUAAGCGAUGGAGUCCAAUGGAUGACAAAGCAAGACGGGAAAUGUUGGAGCAGUGUGGAGGAUCUUCAAAACAAGUCCCAGAGAACUCUGUUUGUGUCUGGACUUUCAUCUCCAUAUCCACAUUGCUCUAUCAAUCUAGUUUAUUCAUUCAGACUUUCAAUCUCUUCUGACUGUUUGUUUUUUCUCAGCUGUUUAAGCUAGUAUGUGUACUUUGUCGUUUAUUCUUUGUUUUUAAAGGAACGCUCCACUUUUUC